GACAAUUUCCUCCUGUUCCAGCUGACAUGCAUGUGACUAACCUUAGAGAGCGUUUUUUUUUUUUUUUACAGGAAAACAGACUUGCUUUGUCCACUAUUCCCUUUGGACGGUAUGGACGCUUGACAUGGGUUUACUCUACCUAACACGACUUUAAUAUUUAAAGAGACGCUUUCCUUUGUCCUUCCUUGUUCUGUCACUGCAAAGUUGAACAUGUCGCCAUGGAAAGAGAAACUAAGGAGAAUUGUUACAGUGGAGCCGGUGAUUUUCCUCUACAUGACCAGCACUUUCAUCUUUACACCUGCAUAUCAACAGAUGAUUAUCACGAAGGUGUGUCGAGAAUUGCUCAAGAAUGACACAAUCUGCAGUAACCCUGAGAACCACAAAGGGGACGAGGAGGUUCAGAUUACAGCCUCCUACAUCCUGCUUUUGUUCAACGCCACCCUCAGCCUGGUCUCCAUCCCUCCCGCCAUAAUGCUGGGCUCCUGGUCCGACCGCGCUGGCCGUCGCUGGGUCAUGGCGCUCCCGUCUCUGCUGUCCCUGUUGAGUGGAGGUCUGCUUUUGGCCGUAGACUUGACGGAAAACAUCAGCGUUUACUGUACCCUGAUCGCUGCUGCCCUGACAGGCCUGACAGGUGGACAUGUCUCUAUUUUCCUCAGCUCGUUCAGCUACCUGGCAGACCUGACCCUGGGCUCCAGCUCCAGCCGCACUUUACGCAUGGCAGUGGCCGAGUCCAUGAUAUUCGUCGGAGGAACAGUGGGCUUCCUUCUGGGUGGAUUCUUGGAGCAAGAAUUCGGACUCCAGGCAGCGUUCGGGGCCUACAUCGGCUGCCACGUCCUGGGGUUGCUUUAUAUUUUGCUUUGGCUGAGAGACCCCACGACGGGAGAAAAUGCAUGUAUAGCUCCCUAUAAAGAGGAUGCGACGGAGCAAGGUUCUCAAGCAGACAAGUCCCGUCUGUUUAUCCUAAAGUACGUCAAGCUGUCUUUCAAAGCGGUGCUGAAGAGGAGGUCAGGGCAGGACAGGCUGAAAUUGCACUUUCUCAUUCUCUGCACCUUCAUAAAUAACCUGGUGGCUGUUGGGGAGCAGUCGAUCUUGCUGUUGUAUUUGAUGUAUGAGCCUAGAGAGUUCACCACUGCCCUGUUUGGGGUAUUUAACUCUGUGAGGAUGCUGUUGUUGGGCUUUGGUCUGCUGGGUCUAUUUCCUGUGCUGAUGAGGUGUAUGAAGGAGAUGACAUUAGCAAAACUCAGUGCUUUGUUCAGAAUCGUCUCAUACGUCCUCCUCGCCCUCUCAAGCAACACAUGGAUGGUCUUCCUCGGGGGGCCCCGCCUCUAAAGAGGAGUUCUCAGAGUGGUAAGUAAUGAUAACAUUGUGCCGGCCUUCAUAGACGGCCACUCUCACGGAGCGACAGCCGGAUCUGCGUUAAUACUGUUAAUUAAAUAAAUGGUUGUGGAAAUUGUUAUUCUAAUCGAUGUGGCAGACGAAAGCCUUUUAAAGGGAGAUGAGUGGCGGCUCUGAUGAAUAAUCAGUGCCGGGGAGGGUGGAAUUUGCAUGCUGGUCUUUUCUGUUGGCUGCGAUAAUGAGGGGCACAGCGGCGGCACACGGGAGUCAUAACCUCUAUUCUGAAAGUACAGCGCAUGUGUGGUGUGUGCAGAACCGACACACACACACACACACACACAGAUACACCCCUACCGCAUACGCAUCAACGCAAAUACAGAAAAUCUUUUGUUCUCUCGAGGAUCUGCUUUUCUUGAUCACGCAUGAUCAGGCUGCCGCGACGAGCGAGUGACUUUACAUUCCGAGCCAUUAGAAGAAGCCCAUGCUCUGUAAUCACAAUUACCUCACGGAAUUUCAUACAUAUAGAUUAAGCUCGUGAAUUAUUGAAUAUUCCAUUUAGAUUCACUUACACUUCAGAGCUGGUUAGCGUGACUCUGGUCUCACUAGUUAAUUGCGGCUUUGUGUUUAAUUUUAAGUAACGUUUCUUAAUGUAGAGUAAGCCUAUGAAGGGCUACGAGAGUCGUUUACUGUUAAUCUUAGCACUUUUAUGAACUGGUUUGUGUGGUUUGUC